UACGCUUCGUACAGUAAACAUCAGCAUCACAGCUACACCACAAAACUCCACAACACAACUCAAAAUGUGCCAGAACAAGAACAUCAUCGCCAACAACAACAACAUGAACAUCAAAGCCAACAAGAAGUCGUACAGCGUGAAGAAGCUGUUGCAAAAGAUCUUCAAGCAGCAACAAGUCGAGGAGCAGCAAAACAUGCAGAACACACACAAGGCCAACUCUUUGGAGUCUCUCGAAUCCAUUGAGAACAGCCGCAACGCUGAUCUUGAGUCCAUCGCCAACAAAUCCUGCGCCGACUCUCUGGAAUCCUAUGAGAAUGAAGCCAACGAGCGUCUCUCUGCCUCCUGCGAGAUCGAGGACUACGAGCUCGAGCAAUUGCCCACAGUUCCCGUUCACUUUGUGCGCACCGCUCAUGGCACCUUCUUCUGGACCGCCGCCUCCGAUCUGCCAGCCGACAACGAUCUCAUCGAGCCACUGUACUGCAGCACUGCCAACGAAAUUGCGGUCGCUCAGUUCCAGGAUCGUUGGGUGCAAGCCUAAGAAAGCACACUCUACACUCCACUCUACAACGCAACAUUGUCUUCCAUGAUUGGAACCAGCUUCCAGGUUCCAGCUUCCUGCUUUAAGGCGUCUUCUGUUCGUUUUUGAUACAAGCCAAAACCAAAAAUGAACAGCAAGUCCCAACACUCAACUGAGCUUUAAGAAAAUUGUGAUAAAUUUUAUUCAUACUACUACAACAAAAAUAUAUAUACA